GUCAAAUCAUAGCCAACCACUGUAAUUGCUGCGAGUAGUAGUACAACGUAUAUAUCUCCGUUCUUUCGUCGUAGAUCAGCCUCCAUGGCCUAGGAUAAUGACAGCCUACAUACUGCUCUUCCCUCCCACACGAAGCACAUAACCCUACCCAGGUCAGCAACCUCAUCUAUCAAUCAUGUCAGACAAGGAGUUUGGCGGCAACGACGACCUCUCGCUCCCUAAAGCGACAGUCCAAAAAAUCAUCUCAGAGAUCCUGCCUCAGCUACCCCACGACCCAGCGACACCGGGCGGGAAAGAUGGCGGCGAGAUGACGUUCACGCGUCCGGCGCGCGAUCUAUUGAUCUCAUGUUCGUUGGAGUUUCUGCGCAUGCUGUCGUCCGAGUCGAAUGACAUUUCGGAGCGAGAGUCCAAAAAGACCAUCAGCGUGGAACAUGUGGAGCAGGCGCUCACGGACCUGGGCUUCGGAAGCUACAUCGAGGGAUGUCGCGGAGUGGUCGGUGAGUGGCAGGAGGUGCAGAAGAAACGAGUCGGGCGCGGCGAAAAGAUGCGCAACUUUGGCGGCUUCGAUAAGAUGGGCGAGGAGGAGUUGAGGAAGAUGCAGGAGGCUCUUCUGGGCGAAGCCCGUGGGAGAAUGGAGGGGGGCCAACCUGAGACGCAGGGCGAAUAAAAAGAAACUAAAGUCACAAACGAGAAACAAAACAUCCCAUGUACCGUGCAUGGGUCGGAUUACAUCAUGGAGAUGCCAACACCAACACCACUGGGUGCUCUGCUUCUUGGGAUAGAUCUGGAAGACCUGGUCAACCGCCUUCCAUAGUCGGUCCGCCGGAGGGAGAACAAGAAAUGGGACGAGACGGUCCAACUUGAUGCUGCUGAGCAGCACUCAGCACCAACACAGACAUCUCUGAAGGUCUCAGCCCUUCGCGCUGUACCGCGCCCGGUGUCCAUGUCCCCCCGUCAGAUCUGAAGAAACACUCCCACCCAGGGAUACAGUGGCAGGCACUGGCCCGCGACUACGAGCACCGGGCAUUGCGCGCGCGCCUUGGCUUCAUGUUUUCGGAACUUGAAUCUUGCAAUACAUCGAGCGAGCCCUUAACAUCUGUCCGGAGAAUCAGAAAAUCAAGCAGGCCAGAUUCUCGACCCAGACCCAUCAGGCCUAUUGACAUGCGAAGAGGAGACGCCGCCCCUAUUACUAGUACACAAGCACAUAACAAAUGGAGGUCCGUUUCAGGUCCACGAACAAGGGGCAGAUAUUGGACCAGGCUCGGUUUGCGGUUUACUCGGCAAUGAGGCAGACCAUGGGGAGGAUAUAUUCUAACCACCCAGAGUCUGGCUCGAGGCUCAAUCGUGGUUCAAGGUGCACUACUGGUACUGCAUGUUUUGAUAUAGGAAAAAUGCCUGCCACACCAAGCUGCCCGUCGGCUACGGCACCACCAACAAACCCGGCGGAUACCGAAUAAAUGGAGAUGCUGUACGUAGAAGUCCACGCAGACACAGCUUGCGCUUGUGUUGCGCGCACGUCAAAGCCCGUCGAUUAUUCAUGUAUUAUUAAUUCCAUUACAGUACUAGUAGGUGUUGUCUGCCACCUGAUCUUCAUCUUCCCAUCGCUGGGCAUCGCGGCCCCAUUCGCUUUCCCUUCAGGGUUCCCCGAUAUUAAAGUAGCGUUCAGGUCAGGUCAGGUCCAUCCCAUCUUAUUUCCUGCCUCUGCAUACCUCGCGAGACGGCCGAGCUUCAGCAACAUAUCCAUGUCUAGAACCUGGUCUCUAGUCCUUAGAAUACUUCCGCCCAAAUCCCUCUUUGUUUCCGUGCUGUUGUCAUCAGGAAGACCAUCGACAAUAAUACUCCACUCUGCAACCGUGGCUCCACUGCCGGACAUAUUGGAUGCGGACACGGUUCCAUUUUCGAGACUUCCCCAGAUUUGCAGGGUGGCAUAGCGCGCGGUAUAGACUUCUUGACUAGCAGAAACGUUGUACGUGGUGAUAUUGGACUCCAUGGGACCAAUUUCGAAAAUCUCCGUGGCAUUGUACGCUUCGGCGAUACGCACGCGCUGAUUGCUGGCAACCUCGACGACACCUUUCGAGGUAUUGGCGCUCACGGCACUCGGGCUGUCUAGGGUUUGGUUGUGGAAUAGGACAGUAUAAUUCCACGGCGGGGCCUGAGCCCAGUCGAAGACCAUUCCGGUCACGCGGUAUCCC